CAGGACGUUGACAUGGUUCUACUACGGGAAAGCUUCUUAUCCCUCCAGUACUGCGGCAUUUGGCCACCACUUCACUUGGAUUCUAAGAGCUGGCAGUAUAGAGCUUAUUCCCUGUACACGAUCUACAUAGUGGCUGUUAUGUAUUGGUUCACAUUCUCAGAACUGAUUAAUCUACUAAUUACGACCGACGGUAUCGAGGAUUUUUCUGAUACUUGUUUCAUGCUGCUAUCGACAGCUGCCGUAUGCGCCAAAAUUCUGAUAACUCUGAUGAAACGAUCGGAGAUUAGAGAUGUUCUUGUUGCUCUUGAGAGUUAUCCAUAUAAACCGAUGAAUUUGGAGGAACAGAAAAUUCAGGAUGAAUAUGAUGGGCAGGUCAGAUUUCUUACCUUCUUUUAUGGUGUGGCUACAGAAAUAACGGUAUGGUGUAUGACCAUCUUCACAUUUUUCCAAGGGAUACCCUUCGGGGUACUGCCAUACAAGGCAUGGGUACCCUACGAUUACUCGGAACCCAGGGUGUACUGGUUCACGUAUUAUCAACAGCUACUCAGUGUCCUUCUUGCUGCCAAUCUCGACAUAGGAUUUGACACAAUUAUUCCAGGAUUUAUGCUGCAGAUAUGCGCCCAGUUCAAUAUUUUGAAGUGCAGAUUACAUCGAGUUGUCAAUUACUUUGAUGAUAUGGAAUUCUCACAGAAGCGAUCUAGUGAGACUUUGGUAUUUUAUGAAAAUCGUCUCGUCGACUGCAUUAAAUAUCACCGGGAUAUCUUUGAAAUGGCCGAUAAAAUUAAUUCCCUGUUCACGAGCAUUAUUUUUGUGCAAUAUGCUGCGAGUUUUAUCAUAAUAUGUGUCAGCGUGCUACUUAUCUCGCAGAUGCCAUUAUUUUCCCCAAAAUUUUUAGCCCUCUUCAUGUACCUCUCGUGCAUGCUCUUGCAAAUCUUCAUGUUCUGCGCUGCUGGGAAUGAAGCCACAAUCCAAUGUCAAAAUAUGAUAAAUGGAAUCAGUGGUAGUAGAUGGUACCUUUUGGGAAGUCGUAUGAAGAAAUACCUCGUACUCAUGAUGCUUCGAACUUUGAGACCGGUUCGAUUUGUCAGUGGAUUUGUUAUCGUGCUCUCUUUGGAUUCCUUCUGCAUUCUCAUAAAAAAGUCUUACUCGGCUUACACAGUCCUACAAAGAUCUUCAAGUUGAUUCUAACGUAAUAACAUGGAAAUAUGAAAUCAGCCGUUGCUUCAAUCAUGGAAAAUUGUUUGGAAAAAUUUAUU